AUGGUAAAUGGCUACCAUAGGUACACUCCAGAUUUGUCGAAAUUGGAAGAGUUGCAUACGUUAAUUUUGGACCUGAAAAAGACAAAUUGUGCGUGAUUGUGGACGUAAUAGACGGGAAAAGAGCUUUAGUUGAUGGUGCAGCUACAGGAGUCCUUCGUCAGCAAAUGCCUUUUUCAAGACUUUCAUUGACUGAGUUUGUGCUUCCAGUUAAGAGAAAUCAGACCUCUGCAAACGUUGCAAAGAUUUUCACUGAUUCUAACAUAUUAUCUAAGUGGCAAGAAAGCACUCAUGGUAAACAAAUUGCAUCUAGACUCAGAAGAGCAGAACUCACAGAUUUCGGUAGAUUCAAACUCAUGGUCAACCAAAAGAAAAAGUCGCAAUUGGUCAGACAAGAACUCAAGAAACUCAAGCCUAAGCAUUAA